UCUUCCAACUUCUGGAAAGUUUCUCACUAUAGGCACAGAAACACCUCCGUUUGAUCCCCCGAUCGUUCUCGAACGAAAAUUCUGAGAAAUUACACUCAGGAGUCCCACAAAAUCUUCUCGGUGGAAAUGCAGAGAAGAUUAUUAAGGCUGUUAGACUGCAUGCACGUUGCAGUGCUACUGUGUCAUCGGAAUUUUCGCGAAGGAAGAUCCAGGAACUAAUUAUCUGAGACUUUGGGCUGGAAUAUUUGCUGCAAAAUAAUAAUAAUAAUAAUCAAUCAAGAUGGCCGCUAGCAAUGCUACAGUACUGUCGAGUCCGUGUCCAGUGCCGAUGAAGGCAGCGUCUAAUGGGGUGUUCCAGGGGGAUAAUCCUCUUCAUUAUGCACUCCCUCUUGCCAUCGUGCAGAUAUGUCUUGUUGUCACUCUCACGCGCAUUCUCGCUUUUCUUUUAAGGCCAUUGAGACAGCCUCGAGUGAUUGCAGAGAUUGUUGGUGGAAUAUUACUUGGCCCAUCCGCUCUGGGUCGUAACAAAGACUAUCUGAAUGCCAUUUUUCCAUCUAGAAGCCUCACUGUGUUGGAUACUUUAGCAAAUCUGGGUCUCCUUUUCUUUCUAUUCCUCGUUGGCCUAGAGUUAGAUCCAAGGUCCCUCCGUCGAACCGGAAAGAAAGCUUUAAGCAUAGCCAUGGCAGGAAUUAGCCUUCCCUUUGUAUUAGGAAUUGGAACAUCAUUUGUCCUCCGAGGAACUAUUUCCAAAGGUGUAAAUGGACCCCCGUUUCUUGUAUUCAUGGGGGUGGCCCUUUCUAUCACUGCCUUUCCUGUUUUGGCCCGUAUUCUGGCUGAGCUCAAGCUAUUGACCACUGAUGUUGGCCAAAUGGCCAUGUCGGCGGCAGCAGUCAAUGAUGUUGCUGCAUGGAUUCUACUUGCUCUUGCCAUUGCCCUCUCUGGCAAUGACCACUCUCCCCUCGUUCCAUUGUGGGUUUUCUUGUGUGGCUCUGGUUUUGUUCUCUGUUGUGUAUUCAUUGUGCCUCCUAUCUUUAAAUGGAUGGUGCAACGUUGCCCCGAGGGUGAGCCUGUGGAAGAGUUGUACGUGUGUGCUACUUUAGCUGCAGUUUUGGCAGCCGGGUUUGUCACUGAUGCCAUUGGAAUUCAUGCCCUCUUUGGUGCAUUUGUGGUUGGAGUUCUUGUCCCAAAGGAAGGGCCCUUUGCAGGUGCUCUCGUGGAAAAAGUUGAGGAUAUCGUCACUGGUCUUUUCCUUCCAUUGUACUUCGUCUCAAGUGGAUUGAAAACCAAUAUAGCCACAAUUCAAGGGCUCCAGUCAUGGGGUCUCGUUGUUCUAGUCAUUUGUACAGCCUGCAUUGGGAAGAUUGUCGGUACAGUCGCAGUCUCCCUACUCUGCAGAGUGCCUCUCCAGGAGGCUUUGGCUCUGGGGUUCCUAAUGAAUACUAAAGGUUUGGUGGAACUCAUCGUCCUCAACAUUGGCAUAGACAGAAAGGUAUUGAACGACCAAACAUUUGCCAUCAUGGUUCUGAUGGCCAUCUUCACAACCUUUAUUACGACACCUUUAGUUAUACCAGUAUAUAAGCCAGCUAAAAGAAUGAGCAAAGCUAAUUACAAGCAUAGAACAAUUGAGAGGAAGGACCCCAAUUCUCAACUUCGGAUUUUGACAUGUUUCCACAGUACAAAAAACAUCCCCACGAUGAUCAAUCUCAUUGAGGCUUCACGUGGGACUGAGAAGAAGGGAGGACUCUGCGUCUAUGCAUUGCACCUCAUGGAGCUAACUGAAAGGCCCUCUGCAAUUCUGAUGGUCCACAAGGCAAGAAAGAAUGGGCUACCCUUCUGGAAUAAGGGGCGCCAUUCGGAUAGCGAUCGAGUCGUCGUUGCUUUCGAGGCCUUCCAGCGGCUAAGCCAUGUGUCCAUUCGCCCUAUGACUUCAAUUUCUCCCAUGACUACCAUGCACGAGGACAUAUGCACGAGUGCUGAGAGUAAAAGGGUGGCUAUGAUAAUUCUCCCCUUUCACAAGCAGCAGAGGUUUGAUGGAGCGCUCGAGACAACUCGAAAUGAAUUCCGUUCAGUCAACCGGAGGGUUCUUGAGCAUGCACCAUGCUCUGUGGGGAUCUUGGUGGACCGUGGGCUUGGUGGAAGCACCCAUGUUUCUGCAAGUAAUGUUUCUUCAACCUUAACAGUCUUGUUCUUUGGAGGAAUUGAUGAUCGGGAAGCCCUCGCUUAUGGUGCUCGAAUGGCUGAGCACCCCGGUAAUUCAUUGACAGUCAUUCACUUCAGAACAAGCCCUGAGAUUGCAGGGGAGGCAGCUAUCGUCAACAUCAGGGACGACUCCAACGGCUCACCAGGAUCAGGAGAUGAAAAAUUUCUUGCUGAAUUCAAGCGGAAGACUCCGAAUGACAGCUCCAUCAAGUUUGAAGAGAGGGUGAUGAGAAAUGCUGCAGAAACGAUUGACGUGGUUCGGGAGUUUAGUCGAUGCAAUCUGUUCUUGGUCGGCCGAAUGCCGGAGGGCCAAGUAGCUGCAACAUUGAACAUGAAACAUGACUGCCUGGAACUGGGGCCGGUUGGCAGCUUGUUGACAUCUCCAGAUUUCUCAAUUUCGGCAUCAGUCUUGGUGGUGCAACAAUAUCAUAACAAUAGAUCAGCGAGAGUGCCAAAUUCAGUGUCUUCAAGGAGGGUAGCGUCGCCGGAGUAUGGUUCUUCUGUGAUGGGCGAGGAAGAUUCAGAAUCUAGAGAGGACAGCUACGUCCACAAAUAAAUUACACAAAAACAAUCCUACAAAUUGACGUGAUUUCAUCUGAUCCGUUAGAUCUAUUUUAUAA